AUGCCCAUCAAAAUCCCCAAAGGGUUUGCCCGGCGCAAGUCGUCCGGUAACGUUCUGGAAGAAUCCGAAAAUCCUCCUCAGUCUUCCUUUCGCGUCAUUGAGCGUCCUUCCAUGGAUGCAAGAUCUCUCAGUGAAGGCAAUCUGCUGGCUCCCAAGAGUGCGUUGAUGGCACGCCGAUCUUCACAGCCGCUAGAGGUCCCAGAUAACAAUAUCUUUGCGGGCUCCUCGAGACCCUUCAACAAGAAUCGUGAUAGUGGAGGAACCGAUACCUCGGCCGUCACCGCCGGAACGUACGAGAGCUCCUCAUCGCUACGCUUCAGUUCAUCGUCCACCAGUCGUCCCUCGAACGAGACGCCGGCUCCUGAGAAUACCCAAUCGUCUCAGUCCCGAGGCUUCCACGACAUUCCUCCGUUGAGUGGUGCGCUGCGGGCCGCUGGCCGGACACUCUCCUUUGGUGGACGGUUCUACAAAAACUCCGCACCCCAGCAACAGCCUCCACCACAACCAGACUCGUCCAAAACCAAGACAAUGACAACUGCCACACCUCCGAAAAUAUUCGACACGGAUUUGAACUUGAACAUGGGGAAGGAGAGUGAUUUUCAGAGUAUGCUGGAAGAUUUCGGGAGCCCGAAAGAGGCAUCUUUUGGUGAUGAACUGGCAGAUCCGGAACCACAUUCUUUCUCGUCACCGUCUCAAACUGGGAAAGCAUCGCGGCCGCCGCCGAUCAACACAGAUAGAUCAAAGGUAGUCGAACCUUCCCCGUACUCGUGGGACAGUCGUCACUCGGAAGAAGGCCUACUGGGCACAUUUGAUUCUGGUCGGAGAGAUUCGUUAGCAGCUCAAGUCAGUACCAUGUCUAUCAGCGGAGGACGCAAAUCGGUCCCUCCAACUACUACCCCACCGCCGGCCACUACCUCGCACCGUGCUCUGGGCCGACCCAGGGCCGGAGCUGACAAGGGGCUGAGAAGGAGCAUGAUUCAUUCCGAAAAGCGGGACUCAGCUCCGGUGGAGGACGAGGACGCUCGGUUGAUCAUGCAGGCGCUGUAUUCGGGUAAAGGCAACACUCACGAAACGGAAAACGAACCUCUCUUCGGGCAUGCAAACGAAGACCUUCAGGGUCCAUCUCCACUGCGCGUUCGCAAAUCACCUACGCUUUCGGAGUAUAACGAUGCACGACUUGCUGUCCAGUAUGAAAACCAUGUACCGAAGUCCACUUCACCGACCAACAAAGUCAUGACCCCAUCGCAGUUCGAGCAUUAUAAGCAACAACAGGAGCUGCGAAGGGCCAACAGUGAUGCGUCAAAAAGUGAAUACUCUUCGGAGAGUGAAUUUGACGAAGACGAUGAAGCGGAGAAGAACCGGGAGGCAGAAAGACAGAGACGGAAGCAGGAAGCCCACUUGUCGAUCUAUCGCCAACAGAUGAUGAAAGUCACUGGCCAGCAGCAGUCGUCAACGCCAUCACUCCGCCCGGAGGUGGACCGGUCCAGUAACAGUGACCCGAACCUGACGGUCCGGUCAUCCAUUCCAGGGAAUCCAUCCACAAGCGGAAAGAGUAACGACGGCGGUGAUGAUGAUGAAGAGAUUCCAUUGGGCAUCUUGGCAGCCCAUGGAUUCCCAAGCAGGAAUCGUCCCCCCACACGGCUCAGCACUCCCCGAUCGAUUCCCAAUCUCCGAUCUUCAUUCCAGCUUCCUAGGUCAUCUGCGAGUUCAGCUCACGGUGACCAAAGUACCGUCAAUCAUGCCAGCUUGCCUGCUUUUGCCAAGAAUCUGCCACGAGAUCCUUACUACGGAGCUAGUAUUGUCAAUCCUACUAACCGGGAACCUUUGGCUCUGGGUGGAGGUAUAUCCGCACAGGCAAAUCCUUCGUCGUCCGCACUGCCUCCAGGAGGCUUGGUGGGAGUUAUUGCUACAGAAGAACGGGCUCGGGCCAACCGACGCGGCAGUCCCAAUACUCAGGCGAUGUACGAACAUGCAGCAUUUGGAGGGAGCACUCCUCAUCUGGCCGGUGGUAUUCCUAGGCCCUACUCAAUGAUGGGCAUCAAUCCGCCAAGUGCACCUUCACCCCAGUUGCCAGUCUCUGCGACAGAGCAGGCACAGAUCCAGUUAUCGCAGCAAAUGUCGCAAAUGAUGCAGCUGCAAAUGCAGUGGAUGCAACAAAUGAUACAGAUGCAAAGCGGGCAGGGCUCGCUACAACCGCCACCGCAAAUGCCAACGGCCGGUCCCUUACCAUCUAUCAAUGUCAACCCGAAUGGCAGACCCGCGUCGAUGCCAGCAGCUGGGCCUUUGAACCCUGCCGCCACCGGAUCGCAAGGUGGUCAGAGAGCUCUCAGUAUGUUGAAUCCGCAAUCGUCUCGGGUGAAUACUGGUCCCCCAAUGGCGUAUGCUGCGGGCGGACUUCGUCCUGGUACGCCAGCUGGGCAAAGUUAUGUACCAUCGAUUGCGCCAUCCGAACGUAGCAACGUUGGUGCAGGGCCUCGAUAUCGACCAAUGUCGGCUAUGCAACCGGAGCAGGGAUCGUCAUUGGUGCCCCCCAUGUCAAAACCAUGGAAUGAUGAAAACCAGAGGUCGACCGUUUCGCUUGUCAACCCCUCUGCGCCAUCAGCCACUGUUCGCCCUGUCUCGAGUGCCGGUUUCUCUAUUAGUGCUAGUAGGCCCCAACAAGCUGCUACUGCGGAGGACGACGAAGAUGACGAUGAGGGCUGGGCCGAACUGAUGAAAAAACGAGAAAGCAAGAAGAGCAACUGGAAGACGAAACGAGAGUCUUCGAACCUGAGAGAUCUGUUGAACGUCGUACAUUGA